CUUGGCCUACGUGGCAGCCGCCGGAGCUGCCGACGAGAAGCCAGGCCGGCCGCCGGGCACUUCCUGUGGAGGCCGCGAAGGGCGCGGGCGCCGACGGGCCGGACGCCGAGCGAGCGAGCGAGCGAGCGAGCCGAGCCUCCCGCCGCCGCCAUGGGCCAGAACGACCUGAUGGGCACGGCUGAGGACUUCGCCGACCAGUUCCUCCGUGUCACGAAGCAGUACCUGCCGCACGUGGCGCGCCUCUGCCUGAUCAGCACCUUCCUGGAGGACGGCGUGCGCAUGUGGUUCCAGUGGGGCGAGCAGCGGGACUACAUCGACAGCACCUGGGGCUGCGGCUACCUGGUGGCCUCGUCCUUCGUGCUCCUCAACCUGCUGGGGCAGCUGACUGGCUGCGUGCUGGUGCUGAGCAGGAACUUCGUGCGGUACGCCUGCUUCGGGCUCUUCGGCAUCAUAGCGCUGCAGACAAUCGCCUACAGCAUCUUGUGGGACUUGAAGUUUCUGAUGAGGAACCUGGCCCUGGGCGGCGGCCUGCUGCUGCUGCUGGCGGAGUCCCGCUCGGAGGGCAAGAGCAUGUUCGCGGGCGUGCCCACCAUGCGCGAGAGCUCCCCCCGGCAGUACAUGCAGCUGGGGGGCAGGGUCCUGCUGGUCUUGAUGUUCAUGACGCUCCUCCACUUCGACGCCAGCUUCUUCUCCAUCCUGCAGAACAUUGUGGGCACCGCCCUGAUGAUUUUAGUGGCCAUCGGCUUCAAAACCAAGCUGGCCGCCUUGACUCUUGUCGUCUGGCUGUUCGCCAUCAACGUGUACUUCAACGCCUUCUGGACCAUUCCCGUCUAUAAGCCCAUGCACGACUUCCUCAAGUACGACUUCUUCCAGACCAUGUCCGUGAUCGGAGGCUUGCUCCUGGUGGUGGCUCUGGGCCCCGGGGGCGUCUCCAUGGAUGAGAAGAAGAAAGAGUGGUAACGGCCCCUCCCUGCCUGGCACGGCCCGUGGCCGUGGCCGCCGAGGGCUGGCUGGGGCGGACUCGACACCAUGGCCAGCGUUUAUGUACCCCUCCCCCCCCGUAAAGGCACAGAUGUUUGAGAACUCUUUGCAGACACCUGAAAAUCGAUGGCUAAAUCUGCUCUGGACCCGCCACCUGCGGGCUGAUGGGUCAGGGCCAGCCGGGUGGCCGGCGCGCCCGCCCCCUGCAGGCGUCAGCUUGGCCCCGGGGCACGAGGGGUCGGCCGGCCGCGGCCUCUUCUGUCUCGUUUCUCUCUCGGGUGAUGGGGGCCCUCAAGCUGUACUGUGAGCAGAUACAUCUGUGUAUCCUUCAAAGCAGUCUCCCUCUUAUUUUUUAAAAAGUUUACGUUUUUAGCUAAAACUACUAAACGAUUUCGAAUGGCCUAGUCCGACCUCAGUCAAACUCCCUGGCUUAGAACCGCCCCCCAGCUUCCGUGCGCUUCUGCCUUGCGUUGUGAUACUUCACGGGGACAGUGGAAACUCCCACCCCUAGCACGAGGCGGCAUCAGAGGGGCCGCCGUUUGUGGCCAAGUCAUCGAUGAGCCGGGACACCGGCCCAGAGGGGCGUAGUUUACACGGGGUCGCGCCCUUGGAGCUGCAGCGGCUCCGGGGGGGACGAGCCCCUGGCCUGGCGGUGCCCGGGGAAGCCGCGGGGGCCCCGGCCACUCCCGUGUGACCUGCUGGGGAGGGUCAGCGGCCACAAGGGGGUAGGGCGGCGGCGGCGCCGGCUCACAGACCAGGUACCUCACACUCGGCCUUUCAGAGCCUCAGCUAAAGCCGGUGCUGCCGGGUCCGCGUGGGCCCGAGGGGCCUCCCAGGCCGCGCGGCCACGGCUGCCUCUCCGCGCUCACGGCGCCCCCCCCGGCUACACCAGGUGCAGCCCCGGCUGCUCCGCGGUUCGCAAAGCCUUACCCAUCGGACCGACGCCUGCAGUUGAGGUUUCCUAACGCUGCCUUACACCGCGGUUCUGCUCUUGGGGGGCGAGUGCUCCUUGCUCCUCCCACUCGCCUGUAUCCCAGCGACGGCUGCCGGCAGGGACUGGAGUCACCCCCCCCCACCGGCAUCCCAGGGUGCGGGAAGCCGCCGGGCGCCCACCAGAGCCCUCAGAACAGCGCCUGCCUCUGCAGCCUGGACCCUCCUCACCCAAGGGGGCGAUGGCGCCGCUUCCCCCACCUGCCCGUGCCCCACACCGCAGAGGCGCAUCCCGAGCGCCGUGUGGACGAGGCUGUGGCUGCGGGGCAGGCCACUCCCACUCCCUCCGUGGAGGGUGGUUUCCCAGGUUCCCGCUCAGCCUGGGGGGGGGGGUCUCCUGCCCACACGCCCUCCCUCUGACAGCCCAUUGGCCCCGAGGGCCCCAGCGAAUGGCACCUUCAGCCACGUUGUGUCUCCGGCACUUUCUGGCAGAUGAGGGACCUCUGCGGCCCUGUGCCUGGAGGCCCCUGUUGGUCUGUGGGGGCGGGCUGAGCCCAGGAGGCCUGGUGGCAGGGUCCUCCUCGGUCGCCGGCCCGGCCCGCGUGCCUGGGGGCCGACACUUUUGCCGGGAGGAGAGGAAGACAAGCUACCAAUUGGUUUUGGCAAAAACAAUUUCUGACGAAUUUUUUUUGCUUUAUGUGGGAAAAUAGGUAUCAAUCUCAUUUUAUGCUGUA